GAUGGCGCCGCCCAGCCGCGGCCGGGCCCGUCAGCCCUGGUGGUUCCCGGCCGGAGCUCUCCCGGCUUGAGGGACCCUCGGAGCGGGUGUCCCGGCAGCUCCGGUGCCCCGGUGCCGGCGGAGAUGGAGCAGCGCCUGGCUGAGCUGGUGGAGGAGCUCACCACGUCGGGGGAGCCGCAGCUGGAGCCCGGCAGGAUGAAGGAGCUGAAGAAGAUCUGCAAGGCGUCGGAGGAGCACAUCGGCCACGCGUACCACCUGCUGCUGACGCGGCUCCGCGAGGAGCACGCCGAGAUGCGCUUCUCCGCCUUCCAGGUGCUGCAGGAGCUGUUCGCCAGGUCCCACCGCUUCAGGACGCUGCUCAUCUCCAACUUCCAGGAGUUCCUGGAGCUCACCGUGGGCAUCGACCACGAGCAGCCGCUGCCCCCGCCCAAGGAGGUGGCGCAGAAGCUGAGGAAAGCGGCCAUCAAGGCAGUGCAGGACUGGCACGAGAAAUACGGCGAGGCCUACAAGCAGCUCUCCCUGGGAUACCACUUCCUAAAGCAGAACAAGAAGGUGGAUUUUCAGGAUGUGCAUGCCAGAACUGUGGCUGAGAGGAGGAGGGAAGAGGAGAAGCAGAAACGUCUGGAGAACAUUUACAAAGAAAAAGUCAAAAGAACUGAAAAAGAAAUGGAAGAAAUGUCCCAAGAGAUUGCUGACACACUGACAGAGAUGGAGAACUGUUUCCAGCUGCUGAUGCCAGAUCCUCUCAAUUUUGGGAUGAACGAGAUUGACCCGGAGCUCAGCAAACAAACACCUGCUAAUGAGGCUGGACCUGCAUGCCCCUUGUCCUCCCAGGGGAAAGUGACCCCGUCCUCCUUGGGGUGCAUGGAUGAUGAGCAGCCCUGCUGCAGCAAGGACAUCCUUCCUGUUUCCCAGGGUGUUACAGCUGAUGGAGGCAAGGAGGCAGAUGAGAAGGCUGAGCAAGAAGAGCUGGAUGGAGGCACACGCUCAGAUGUUCCAUACAGUGGCCCUGAUCUCCACGAUGAUGAUGAUGAUGAUGAUUACCAGACUUUUGUUAGGAACCAUGGGCUUAUUUCACAUAAAUAUACUCUAGACCUUGAAAUCUCCACAGAUAUAAAAGUGCAAGAGAAUGAAGAUAAUACUGCCAUCAUAAACAGUGUCACGGAUGCUCACAAACUUCUCAGAAAUAAGUUCUGGCCUUCUGUGCAGUCCUGGAUUCAGCUGCUUACCAGAGCAGGAGUCAAUGAUGAUCAGCUAAGGUGUGCCAUUGAACUCAAGAAUAAAAUGGAGACUGCUAUGAAGAAAUACAAGGAAAUGGACAUUUCCUUUAAAGCAAGAAAAAGAAAAGUGAUGAAAGCCUCGGAUGAUGAUGACGAGGAUGAGGAUGAAGAUGAGUUUGUGGAGGUCCCUGAGAAGGAAGGUUAUGAGCCCCACAUUCCAGACCACCUGCGGAAGGAAUAUGGACUUGAGCCCCAGUCCCCUCCAAAAGCCCCAGUGGUGAAGGCAUCAGCAGGAGCAGCCCCACUGAGGUGCCACACUCGGCUCAAAGGGAACGAGGAUGAGCUCGAUCCAACCUGUGCAGCUGCCACCCUGAAACUCCUCAGGGACAAACUCCCAAAGCUGCCAUCUCCUCACGCCAGUGAACCUGCAGCUUCUGAGACAGCAAACUUGGAAGAUCCUGACAGUAAAAGAAGAAAACUAGAAGAAAGAGCUAAAGCUCCCCUCAUGCCUUUUGGAUUAGAUCUUCACUACUGGGGAGAGGAUCAGCCAGGUGCUGGGAAGAUUCUCAAAUUUACCUCUGAGCAUCGAUUUUGGGCACCCAGUGAGGUAGAGGAAGAGGUGGAAAAUAAAGAAAUAACAGAAAUGUUAAAAACCAGGUAUAUAACAUUUGCUGGCAAGUUUGAGCCAGUGAAACAUAAAUGUCGAGCUCCCAUGCCUGAUGGAAGUCUGUGUGAAAGGCAAGAUCGGAUCAAGUGCCCUUUCCAUGGAAAGAUAAUUCCUCGGGAUGACUCUGGGAUUCCUGUAAAUGCAGAGGACAGAGCCAGAGAGGAAAAGAUGAAAUUUGAGAAGCAAGCAGCCCAGCCAGAGUGGAGAGAUCCAGAAUUCAUGAGAGAAAUUGAAGCUGCUACAGGACUGGAUCUUGGUUCCUCUAAAAGUAAUGGAAAAGGACAGAAAAAGAAAGGGAAGAAGCAAAAAUAUCCAAAUCUGACAGACCUGAAGCAGCAGGCUAACACGUCUCGUUCCCGGCUUGAGAAGAAAGUCUUCAAUAAAGGGGCCAUGAAACGGGUCAUGAAAGCCAUGAACCGGGUGGACCAAAGGAAGCACGAGAAGUUUGCCAACCAGUUCAACUAUGCACUGAAUUAAAUUCUUAAUCACCUCUGCCCUUCUUUAUUACAAGAGUGCAAUGCAAAACCCUUAGUCAAAGAUAUUUGUAUUGUCACUACAAUACUGUGCUAGGCACGUUUUUACAGGUGUCAUUUUUAAAUUGUUUCCAAGUUUAACUUAUUUGAUAAUGAAUAUUAAUUUUGGAAAAGAUGUGGUGGUGUGGAAUUGAAUGCAUUUAAAAGUUGAUAAUUAUUUGAAAUAUGCA